AUGCCCACUGUGCUCUUGGUAACAAUAGGCAUACUUAUCGUUAGUGCUGGUUUCAAUGGUCAUUUUCUUGUACCUCAAAUAUUCGGACGAUUACCAGCGGGUGUUAUGACAAUUCUUAUUCCCGGUAUUAUUUUGCUCAUCUUCUCUCUUGACACGUUUCGACGUUUGGGUCGAAAUUCUCUCAUUCAUGAUAAGGCACGUGCCCGGCGUCGUGCCUAUCUUGACAAGCAAAUGUUAUUAAUUAUGCUCACCAAUAUUACAUUGUUUGUGAUUACUACUCUACCUGUAGGCUUAUAUAAUAUCUUGCAAUCAACUGUACUUCAUUCAUUAAUGACACAAACACAACAAUUGCAACUUUUUUCCAUAUUUACAUUUGUAGCCGGCAUCAACUACACCAUAGGUUUCUAUUUACACUCUUUGACAAGUCCUCUAUUUCGUCAAGAAUUUAUGCACGCAAUCAAAUGGGGACGGAGUGGUGAUCGAGUAGUUCCAAUAACGGAAACAGACAUGAUGGUGGGUACAGUACUCACAGUGACACGAGUGCACAAAUGA